AUGUGACAAGCAGCAGUCCCCCUGCAGAGCCAGGCAGUAGGGCCUCCAUCUCUCUCCUCUCUCCUCUCCUCUCUCUCCUCUCUCCUCUCCUCUUCUCGGCUCCACCGCAGCUCUGGCUCUAGCUUCCACUGCUGCUGCUCUGUAGCUGCAUUGCUGCUGCAUCACACUCCGGACCUCCACAGCUUUCCUCCUCCUAACCCGAAAGCAGCAACAGCAGCAGCAGCAUUUAAGAAGCUCCAGAAGUUCAUCAGAUGUUCUCCAGGCCAUGCUAGAGAUGGACAGCUCCUCCUGACAGCCUGACAGUCACACAGCACAGCGCAGCACAGCACAGCACAGCACAGCACAGCGCCGUAGACAUGUCCACUCUGCCCAGCAGCGGCCGGGAUCCGACCCGCUCGCGAAGGACCCCCUCCGACCUCUUGACUUCCUCCUCCAGCAGCAGCAGCACCAGAGCCAGCAGGCAUGAUCGAGAAUCCAGGUUGGACUCCUCUGCUAGUGGAGCUGGACGCCCCACUCCGCUCUCCUCUCGAAGGGAGAACCCCAUACGAGCAGAGCGCCAGACUACAGAUGACGGGGGACCCAAAGACUACAAGAAGAUGUACGAGCAGGCACUACAGACCAAUGAGAAGCUGAAGACGAGGCUGGAGGAGAGUAGGCGAGAGCUGGCCCGGAUCCAAGCUCGCUUGGAGAGAGCCACACAGAAACAGGGUAAAAUGUCGGACCGGUCGAACGUGGCGGACACGGAGAAAAGGGAAAAGCAAAUGCUGGAGAAAAAGAUAUCAGAGAUGGAGGAUGAGCUGAAGGUGAGGACGGAAGUAAAAAAUGAGAACCAGCGUCUGAAGGAUGAGAACGGAGCACUGAUACGUGUCAUUAGCAAGUUAUCAAAAUGAGAACAAAAGAAGUGAAACUUCUGUCUUAUUUGAUAGACAAACAGAAAUGCAAAUGUCCACAGUGACUGUUGGUUGUUAAAGCACAGAACAGAUUUAAGCAUGAGGCUACAGCUGCCUAACUCUACUGCCAUCUACUGUUGAAAUUCAAAUAAUAGUGUUUGCUUCAAUGCAUGUAAAAUGGCACUUUCAAUCACAAUGAUGUUUUGCUUCAAAUUAUUGGAUAAUGACAUUGUCUUGACAUAUUUAGAUAUUCACCUGUUAUAACUUGAAGUAGUGGCAUUAUGCCUUCACUGGUUGUCUGAUUUAAGGCAGCGUUAUAUUGGCACAUCAUGCAAGUCUGAUCACAAUGGCCCAAAAUUUGCAGGUUAUAAGCUUACUGUUUUGCUCUCUUAAUAUCACUUUUUUCCUUUAAUACUAUUUAAGAAGUAUUGAAAACAUACUCUGUACAUGGAUACUGUGUGGUUUUUCAAUGCUAAUGAUGAACACAUUCCCACUGGUUUGAGCUCUCCGUCUUAAUAAUAUAAAAGUUUUUGUCUGAGAAAUAUUUAUUUAUUACACCAAUGAAAUGAC